AAGCAGGAAGUAAGGUGUACCCACAUUGUAGAUUGAAAAAUAUUCCGACUUCCUGAGGCGUCGCGAGCGAAUCUUCCUUUUCUAGCGCAUCCAUUGACCAUGCCGUUUACUGCAAUGGCGGUAUAGAUAUUUCACAAAGAAGAAAGUGGAUUUUGUGUAAAGAUGAUCACGAUUUGAAUGGGCAAGGUCUAGUUGUACUUUUAUAGACUACAGAAUUCAGUUUCGUCCAUAUUGAUCAGUGUACUAGCCCAUACAACUUAAUUUUUCUUAUUAAAAAUAAAAAAAAGCGAGUUAUCUAUAACAAUUGUUCCUCGAGGAGUUUACCGCCUUAUGAGAAUCAGACACCAAAGAGUUCGCGGUAAUCGUUCUCGACAUCUUAGGUAAUACUACAUAUUUUAUUAUCUGAAUGGACAAUAAGGUGAAUGUCUCAGAAUUAGAAAAUAUUUCAAUGAUUGGAUCAUCUGGAAUUUUUCACCUACCUGAGGUCCCAGAGAUAUCAGAUGUAUUAGAAUCAACUGGUCUGAGUCCACUAACGUCUUCCUUAGAUCAUACUCUUACUCUUCAAGAGGAUAAAUUACUUUCAACUGAAGUUAAUAUGGGCAUAGAAGACACAUGGACCGAAGCAAAUAGUUCAACUUCGGAUUAUGCUAUUCCACUUCCACCACCACCUAGUUUAAAUGAUUUCACAGAUAUUGGCGCAGAUGAACUAAUUGACGAUAGUGGACCUGGUAUAGAGCAUGGUCCAUUUUUACCAUCUGGUACACCUGCUUUAAACAAUUUGUUUUCGGAAGGUGGAGAUUCUCAAGAUGAUUCUCCAAUGGAGGAUGUAGUGUUACGCGCGGGAGUAUGUGGUCUUCGUAAUCUUGGUAAUACUUGUUUUAUGGCUGCUGGUUUGCAAUGUUUAACUGCAACCCCACCUGUUCUGCAACAUUUUUUGGAUUUGCAGCAGAGGGGGGAGAAACUGCCUCCUCCUGGAUCACUGAUGGCACAUUUCAGUGUACUACUUAGUAAAAUGUGGUCUGGCAGAUACAGUGUUCUCAGGCCUAUUGAAUUUAAGCAAACUUUAGGAGCAUAUCAUUCACAAUUUAAAGAUUACAGACAGCAUGAUUGUCAAGAAUUUCUUGCUCUUUUGUUGGAUUCCUUACAUGAACAAAUGAACACGGCAAAGUGUACGAAAAAUUGUCAAACUCCCUCAUCUACAACUACUGCCAACUCAAUUAAUUCAAUUGAGAAUUCAAACGGAAAAGCUGUGUCCCCUAUUACUGCCACUAGUAAUUCCAAUUGUAAUUCUGAUUUAUUAGAGAUGUAUCAUUGCUUGCCAUCUCCAGAAUGUCCUAAUAGUCCUAAUGUAACGAUGGCUGGUUCGCCAAGAGAUUUAGAUUCACCGAUAGGCGAGUUAGAUAGUACUGCAAAUUCACCUCGGGGAUCACCGUUGAACGACGGUGAUGAUGAAGAAACGUUAGAUUCUGACGAAAUUGUUGAAGCAAAAUCAAAUACUUUUAUUCACAAUAAAGUUGAUGAGAAGGAGAAUGAGGAGAUUGCUCCGUCGUUAAGGCUGGAUACAUUAAUAGAGCUUUCGAAAAACGUUCCCAAAUAUCAUGGCCUUUAUGAUAUUCAUAAAGAGGCGAAAACUAGCAACGCGAACUUUUUAGUGACGCAACAGGAAUGUAAUAAUGAAAUUCAUUAUGAUUCACAGAAAUAUCCAAAAGAGAAUGUCCGUAGAAUGCCUUUGGACAACUCGAAUCUAAUGGAGAAUCAUGAUUUUGACAAUAAAAGCGUUAGCGUUAAAAGAAUAAAAGAAGUUAAUGUUCAAAAAGUCAAUUGUGGUGUGGAUUACGCGUCGAGCGGUUCCGACAUAGAAUACGACAAUGGUUUAGAGAAAUGUAAUGUGAAACGUAUGAGGUUAGAUGAUCAAGAGAAGAAUCAUAAACGAGAUGGCCUUGGAAGUAUUAGCUCGCAAUGCACACGGGGUUCUCAAAGUUACGGUAAUGGAGCUAUAGCCGCGCAAGAUGAGAUUGAGGCGGAUAAACAUUGGGCAAAACACUUAGGGUCUAAUAGGAGUAUAAUUGUUGACACUUUCCAGGGACAGUUUAAGAGCAAGGUUGUUUGUGCAGUAUGUAAACAUGUUUCGGUCACAUACGAGCCUUUCAUGUAUUUAUCAGUGCCACUACCGCACGCGAUGGAAAGGCAAUUAAAUGUCACAUAUGUUCCUGCAAAUGGUGAUCAACCUAUAAAGUGUGUUGUUUCAUUAAAUAAGCAGUCACGCAUCGGUAAAUUGAAGGAGGAGCUGCUUAAAACAUUAGGCAAGGAAAACAUUGCAGUAGCCAAUAUUGCACUUGCAGAAGUCUUAGAAAACCACAUAUCAAAGAUUCUGGAUGACAAUAUUCUGUUGAGACACAUCAAUGAUACGAAUCGAUCUAUAUACGCCUUUGAACUCACGGAACCUCCUGAUGCAUACACUUCAGUGCCAGAUGGCGGCGGGGAUCGCGUGAUGGAAAUUGACGCCUGUCAAAAAUCAGCAAUUACGGGAGACGAGGUUUCAUGUACGAUUUGUCUCGAAGAACUGGAUGGAGACUUGAAGAGGCAUAGCGGGAACACCUGUAAUUUCGUCAUGUGUGAUCCUUGUAUUCAGACCUACUUCAAGGAUCAAACGGAACCUCAAAUGUGUCCAAUGUGUUUAACAUACAUUACUGCGUCAUCUUAUAUUAAAAUAGAUCAAACAGGUCGACCGAGGCCUGCAGUUAGAAUUUUAAAUGUACCCUUGGUUUUACGGCACGACACGACGAAUGAAACGACGAAUAAUCGCAAAGGAACUAAACUUUUUGGAUACCCUUAUUUAGUCAGGUUACCAUCAAGAGUAAACGCAAAGGAAUUGUAUGAUAUUGUUAGGAGAAACGUGCCACAGGAAAGAAGUUACACGCUUCAUUUUGUUACAGGCCAGGGCCACCACUGUUCUCGUUGUAUGUACACUGAACAUUGUACAGGUUGCAGUGUGCCAGAAACUGGUAUGGUUGUGUUACAAAAUGGCGAUACUUUAGCUGUGCGAUAUACAGAACACGUUCCUAAGAUUGCGCCUCCAAUUGAACAUGUCAGCAUUAGUAAACAAAGGCCACAUCAUCCACUGUCUUUAUAUGACUGUCUUCAAGCAUUUAGCCAGAGUGAAACGUUAGAUGAACAUAAUCCUUGGUUUUGUCCAAAGUGUGAACGAAAUCAGUGCGCCACAAAAACUCUUACCGUUCACAGAUACCCCAAGUUCCUUAUAGUCUAUUUGAAACGAUUUGUGUUUUACGAAUGUGCUAGUAUGAAGUUAGAUGACAAAGUCACAUUCCCCUUGGUUGGUUUGAGCGUGGGUCGGCACUUGUACGAUCUUUAUGCUUGUGUCUGUCAUUUUGGAGGAGUAUCAGCUGGGCACUAUACAGCGUAUGCGAAGAAUCCCCGUACAGAUGUGUGGUACUAUUACAAUGAUGAAAUUACGAGCAGACAAAAACCUCAGGAUGAAGAUUUUAGCAACGCUUACAUACUUUUUUACAGUCGGCAAGGGACCAAUAUAAAACCGUGCAAUAUAUAACCAGUGCUGAAUCAAAGAACUUGGAGAACCUGGAGAAGUGUCAGUGAGACGAAUAAAGUGCAGAAAGAGAAGGGUUGUGAGGAGUUGGAGUUGUUUUCUAAGUGUUCCAUUGGCGCGUUUACCGAACUGUAUCGUGAUGAAUGGAAAACUGCUCAGAAAUUUAAUUACCAAUUUCCCGUGGUGAUCUACUCAUAACCAGUCUCCUUCGUGUUCCCUGUUUCUUUCUUGCGUUCUCCUAUUUCACGCUACUUUGAAAUUCCUCUUGCGAGUAUCCUGCAGACAGUGCAGUGUGUAUGAUCUAAUAAAGGCAUUGGUUCGCCGAUUGGUCGAAUAUCAUUAGCCAUAGGCCAUACGUUUCUUCCGAUUGACCGUUUUGAUGUAUACGGAAGACAUUCUUUUUAUGCUCGCCGAAACACCAGUGAUUGCGUUCGAUUGUGAAAACAGAGCCUGUGUGUGUGGUACAGUUAAUAUAUAUAAUAUAUAUUAUUAACAAUAUAUAUAUAUAUAUAUAUAUAUUUGGGAGAUGGACUGCGUAUUAUUUAUACCAGCCGAUGAAACGUCUAAACGUACGUCGAAUUUGUACAGUAGGUGAUUAAACAUAGACUCCAGGAUUUUGAACAGACGUUAAUUUAUUAGCGAAUAAAAGGUGAACGUUAUGACUAGAAGACACUUAAAAAUAUGCCCGUUUAACGACAGAUUGUAACCAUUCAUUGUAUCAUCAUUUUUUUUCUUUUUACUCGAACGGAUACAAGACUGCUAACAUAUAAAUAUAUGUAUAUAUAUAUAUGUAUAUAUAUAUAUGUGUAUAUAUAUGUAUAUAUAAAUAUAUAUAUAUAAAUAUAUAUGUAUAUAUAUAUUUGUAAUCUGCAUGUACAUUGUAUAGCAAAAACAAACGUUGUAUUUGCAGAUUAUUUAUUAAAUUAGUUUUGUUGUAAUUUUA